AUGGUAUUACUCACAGCUUUAGUUCCAAGAGCUUCUGGCUAUGUGAUCAAACGUAGCGGAAGAUCCCGUGGUUUACAGAUGAAGCAUUCUGUGGAGCCCGAAUCGCCACAUAUCGGUUACUAUAAAACUUUUGCAAGGCCAGUGGCAAAGGUUCUUCUAAUGGCAACUUUUACGUAUCAAGUGGCGUACUGGACGUGGGUGAAACUUGAGACAGAUGAACUCAAGGCCAAUAAAACGGCACAACUGAUAGCAUUGGAAAAAGAACUGACUAAUUUGAGAAACAAGCCAAGUACCUGA